UCCGCAACGUUUUUAACCGAUUCAUAUCUAAAGAAACACUUAUAUGCUACCCAUCCAGAGCUAAGAACUGGCAAAGAAUUUAAUUAUGAAUGUGUGUUGUGUGAUCGAAAGUUUAAAGUGAAUGAUUCGCUGAAACGUCAUAUGAGCAAAGUACAUUUAAAAAAUUAUGAGAAGUUCCAAUGCGAGAAAUGUUCGGGUUUAUACAACAGCAAAGAGUAUUUGAAGCUCCAUUUAAGAACCGUUCAUAAAGAAACUGAAGACGAAGAAUUAAUUUGUGAAUUAUGUAAUAAAGUAUUUAGAGGCGAAUUUUAUUUAAAGAAACACAUUAGAAUUUCGCACAAACGACCAUUAAAAGUGUGCCAGAUUUGUGGCAAAACAGUGAGAGACAUGCCAUUACACUUAUUAACACACGGAGAAAAAUCGGUGCAAUGCUCAGUGUGCCAAAAAAUGUUUACCAGUAAGAGGCAAAUGGAAGUUCAUAAAAGGAUACAUACUGGCAAGAAACCAUAUAAAUGUAAACAUUGUGGACAGGCGUUUACACAAGCUGGAACUCGGAAAAUACAUGAACGAAUUCAUACUAAUGAAAGACCAUUUAUUUGUGAGGGCUGUGGGAAGGGUUUUACUUCAGCCUCAGUCAUGAAUGUCCAUAAGAAAAAGUGUCGGGGGAUAUUUUAAUAUAAAAUGUAUUUGAUAUUUGUAUAAAAAUGUAUAAAAGUAAUAAAUCGUGUUGGAUGAUUUUUAUGUAAUAUGUUUAAAGCUCUAAGGUUGGCUUUUUGGUGAUAGGAGAAUCAUUAGGAAAUUUUAUUUACUGGCGUAAGUUAGUUACUGAUGAUGUCUUCUAGACAAAACAUAAUGUAACUCGUAACAAAAUAAUUCAAUUCACGUACAAUUUUAAAUAAAUAUAUUGUUAUGGAUUACGUAUUCUGCAUAAGAUCAAUUUUA